AAGUGGAUUAAAAAAUGUUCAAGUUUCAGAAGAUCUGGAUUAAGUGUAAAACAUGUAGAUUAUACUGGCCCUAAUCUAUAUUUGGAAUGAUUGACAGGUUGGUAUGGACUCUCAUACAUCUUUCCUUUCUUUUCCCCCCGUAACUCAGGACUGGAAUUCAACUGGGGAGAAGGACCUGGAAAGGGAUAUUUUCUUCUGUACUAAACCCCAGAGUAGAGAAGACGCAGGAGUGAACCUGAACCUUGAAGAGGAUUAUAAACACCUGGAUAAUCUUAAGUCCUCAGAAGUAAGAGUAGUUGUAGAAGAGGAACCAGAAUCUAGGAAGCCUCUUGACCAACAAAUUAUUGUUGGAGUUGAAGAGCUUCAGGAGAUUCAUAAAAACCUGAAGGAAUCUCCAAAUAUUCUAAAUUUAUCAGUCAAAUAUCCAGAAAUACAGAGUUCAACAGAACCACUUACAGCUGGGAGAAGUGAGAACCAACAAGUUCCAGACUUUCAGGAGAAUAGAAGGAAGGUUUCUUUUCCAAAUAUACAUUUCAAAUCAGUAAACGAAAAGGAAAAAAGCAUGGAAUCUUUCAGUUCUCCGAACCAACAUGACAUUCUUUCUGUUCAAAGUUUGCAAAACGGGAAACCUCAACGAACCCAGCCAUUUCCAGCCUUACUUAACCCUUGCUCUUCUCAUCCACUCAACCCAAACCUAUCCUUCCCUCUCAUUACUGUUACAGUCAACCCUAUGGAGAAGAAUGAGAAAACCUUUGUUCCGAAAUCUGAGAGUCAAAUAUAUUCCGACAGAAGGAACAGUAUUGGGUCUGCUUCAAGCGUAUCCAUGAAUUUAAGUUUCUUCUACAUCCGUAAAUAA